AUGUCUUGCUCAUCUCGCAUCUCCUCCUCCAGGGCUGGGGGCAGCAGCUCGGUCCGCGUGUCUGCUGGAGGGAGCAGCUUCAGCAGUGGAAGCAGAUGUGGCCUGGGGGGCGGCUCUGGCCGUAGCUUCCGAGGAGGAGCCGGCAGCUGUGGCCUGAGUGGGGGGUCUGGGGGGGGCUUUGGAGGGGGCUUUGGUAGCUGCUCAGUGGGAGGUGGUUUGGGAGGAGUAGGCUAUGGGGCUGGCUUUGGCGGGGGCUCUGGCUUUGGCGGGGGCUCUAGCUUCGGUGGGGGCUCUGGCUUCGGUGGGAGUUCUGGCUUUGGCGGUGGUGCUAGUGGGGGUUUCUACAGCUACGGUGGUGGCAUGGGUGGUGGUGGCAUGGGUGGUGGUGGCAUGGGCGGUGGUGCAGGUGAUGGGGGACUGUUCUCCGGAGGCGAAAAACAAACCAUGCAGAACCUCAACGACCGCCUGGCCAGUUACCUAGACAAGGUCAGAGCCCUGGAGGAGGCCAACGCCGACCUGGAGAACAAAAUCAAGGAGUGGUAUGACAAGUUUGGGCCUGGGUCUAGAGAUGGCGGAUCUGGAAGGGAUUACAGCAAGUACUACCCAAUCAUUGAGGAUCUGAAGAAUCAGAUCAUGACUGCCACUGUUGAAAAUGCUGGCAUCGUUUUGCAAAUUGACAAUGCCAGGCUGGCUGCUGAUGACUUCAGACUGAAGUAUGAAAACGAGCUGUACCUGCGGCAGAGCGUGGAGGCCGACAUCAACGGGCUGCGCCGGGUGCUGGACGACCUGACCAUGACCCGCUCCGACCUGGAGAUGCAGAUCGAGAGCCUCACUGAGGAGCUGGCCUACCUGAAGAAGAACCACGAGGAGGAAAUGAGGAAUAUGCAAGACAACUCCGGGGGAGACGUGACCGUGGAAAUGAACGCUGCCCCGGGAACGGACCUGACCAAAUUACUGAAUGACAUGAGGGCGCAGUACGAGGAGCUGGCGGAGCAAAACCGCCGGGAGGCUGAGGAGCAAUUCAACAAGCAGAGCGCAUCGCUGCAAGCCCAGAUCACUACCGACGCUGGGGCGGCCAGCUCGGCCAAGACUGAGGUCACAGAGCUGAAGCGCACCCUGCAAGCCCUGGAAAUCGAGCUUCAGUCCCAACUGGCCAUGAAAAGCUCCCUCGAGGGGACCCUGGCCGACACAGAGGCCCAGUACAUGUCUCAGCUGUCAGAGAUCCAGAUGCACAUUAGCAGCCUGGAGGAGCAGAUCUGCCAGAUCCGGGGCGAGACCGAGUGUCAGAACGCAGAAUACGCGCAGCUGCUCGACAUCAAGACGCGCCUGGAGAUGGAGAUCGAGACCUACCGCCGCCUGCUCGACGGAGAGGGCGGUGGCUCUUAUUCCGGAGGAUCUGGAUCCAGAAACAUGGGAUCCAGGGGGUCCGGCUCUGGUGACUCGAGAUGUGGAAGUGGUUCUGGUCAAGGACGAGAUCCAAGCAAGACCAGAGUAACUAAGACCAUCGUGGAGGAGGUGGUCGACGGCAAGGUGGUCUCAUCUCAAGUCAGCAAUGUUUCUGAAGUGAAAGUGAAAUAAGCAGUUUCCACCGCAACCAGAAUGUCUUUCAAGAGGAGGACUAGGGAAGAAAUUGUACCUAUCUAGCCCUCCUGCUGGAUCCCUUCAGGGGAAAGUUUCGGUCCAGAAAGAGAUGACCAGCCAAUUUUCCUGCAUCCUCUUCUUUUCUUGUUAGCAUGCUCUCGAACAAAAUUGACAUGACAACUUGCCUCCAAUUGUUUCUAUGCUUCAAUAAACUUCCUUUUGCAAGUUAAA